ACGUCCAGGAAGUAAACAUCUGGAGGAGGAGGUUCGGUUCUGUUCGUUCAGACUUUAGAGUUUAGAGUUUAGACUUUAAAGUUUAGAGUUUAAUUUCUUUUCUAAAAUGUCCGUGACCAAACCGAGACAAACCUUCGUGAACCCGGUGGUUCCGUUCUCGGGGACGAUCCUCGGGGGACUCACACCCGGAGAAAUGAUCCUGAUCCAAGGAUCUGUGCCCACAGACGUCGACAGGUUCCAGGUGGACCUGACGUGCGGCAGCAGCGUGAAGCCUCGUGCGGACGUGGCGUUCCACCUGAACCCUCGCGUGAGGAAAGGCUGCGUCGUGUGUAACUCUCUGACCCGAGAACGAUGGGGCCGAGAAGAAAUCCACCGAGUCAUGCCCCUGUCGCCAGGGACCGCCUUCGAACUGCUCAUCCUCGUCCAGAGCCACGCCUACAAGGUCGCGGUGAACGGGGCUCAUCUGGUCGAGUACAAACACCGAGUCGACCUGAACCGAGUCGACACUCUGCUCAUCCAGGGAAAAGUCCAGAUCCAGACCAUCGCCGUGAUCCCAGACCAGAGCGUCGUUUCUUCUUCAGACGCACAAAACGUAAAAUCUUCAGACUCCAACUCGACGUUGAGCUCAGACGCAGAUCUGGUCAGUCCAGGUUUACUUCCUCCAGAUUCUCAGCACUUUUAUUGUUUUAGGAUUUGACUGAGGUUUCAUGUUC